AUGGAAAUCCGUACGAAAACCAACUACGUUUGUGACAUUUCCAGCAUGAUAGAACGCAACCGUGCAAGUCCUAUAAGUGGCCCUUGGUGUUCGGUGAUACUACAUCCAGGCAGCACAUUGACGAUUAGGUUCCCAGUAGAGGGCGUGGAUUCUGACUCCAGCGAUGAGCACGGCUUGCAAGUGCUGCAUACCGGUGAAUCCGAAGCUGAAGUCCUGCCGAAGGACUUGAAUACCCUGCGACAACUGAAAUCAAAUGAUGACACCAAUGCUUACGACGAAGUCUUGUACAACGAGGCCCUGGUUGGUGAUGCUCUUGAGCUGGAUGUUUCGCAAAUGUACCGCGGCAAAGUAAAGCUGAAAUACCAUAUAGACAAACCUCUCUCCUUACGAGAAGGACUCAACUCCUUCUUAUAUCAUUUGACUUCGAUAUAUAAAAGCGGGGAUGUCCACGAUAAGAUACGCGCCAUUGUAAAUGUCUCAUUCGCGUUUACCCAUCGCUACAGGAUAGUGGGUUGCGAUCGAGGGCCACAAAGUGUGUUUGACCCUCACCUAAACAAAGAGCGUUGCGCACUCAAAUCGAUGGGGAAUGCUUUAGGGAGUGUUUAUGAAUGCCUCCAUGAUUUGCGGCAAGUCCUUCAAGCUGGCAUUCACUGCAAUUUAGACGAAGAGCUGUUACCAAACGACUGUAACUCCCUGGGGUACGAGCUCUACUCCAAUAGCAUUAUACCUAUGCCUUUCUCUGUGAAAAAGACGGUGCAACAUCCCAUUCGACGGUUUAAGCUGUUCGACUUUUUCAUUCUCGACAAUGGACCUGUCAGUUAUGCUUGCAUUUGCGUCGACCAACGUGGAUAUGAAAAAUCGAAACUCACUUUAGAGUACAACCAUGAAAAGAAGUACCGCUACACAGUAUGUCUAAAAAAGGAAUCUCAUGCAUUACUUCCUCACAUAUUGCUGCCUUGGGAUGAGGCCAAAUUAUCGGGCGAAGAACCCAGAGCACACAAACCCCUUAUGAUACAGCAUUCACAGGAUACCAUUAAGAUAAAAGUGGGAACUACGUUGUUACUCUCUUGUGAAGCCGGCUUGGAUGUGGGUCACCUACUUAUCGAAAAUUCAAGCAUUCACGCUGAUCCGGGCAGGAAUGCGUUGACAUGGCUGCCAGAGAAUUCUGAAGACUUCUAUUAUACAGUGAACCAGACCCCCGAUGGGCCUGCGCUUGUAAAAGCGGCGUACACAGAUUCACUUGUUACUACGCCGGGAGGCCUGGAAGUUAGAUAUAGCGAGUAUGACAAGAGACGACGAUGUAAAGAAUUGGCGAUCACAUCGCAUAGAGGCGCCAUUCUUAUUUCUAAAGAUCCGCUACACAAGAAAUACGUGCCCAUUAGGUACGUCUGCGGUAAGACGCCCGACGCAUCGGACCUUUCCGUCAUCACUGGUAAGAUGUCUGCUUUCCCCAAUCUACCGACUAUCGGAUCCUUGGCACGAUACACGUGGAAUGUCGUUAAGGUUAACGUCGAGACAACGGACCGCUACAUGCAAGGCUGCGGCGUCACAUACUCGUCGGACGAGUUGUUCAAACCUAAGACGCCCCGACUUUACGACGAUAACGGAGACCCUCAGUUCGGCUGCAAGAUUGACAUUCAGGCUGCAGGAGAAGCGGCGUUCUACUGCCCGGCACCCUACGUCCUGGACCCACCCAAAUGCUUUAGGCAAGUCUCCGUGGACGGUGAGGUAAAGAACCUAAGCGGCCUCAGCCAGUCGUUGGUGGCAUCUCGAUCCAACCAUUUCGUCAUCCUGAGAUUCGAUCGUUCCCGAGCCGUAUUAGGUGAGACCCUGCGCCAGAUGCCUCCGUUGGAGUGCCGCUGCGUCACCGUCAAAGGGAUCGUUCUCUCCACCAUCCAUAUCGAAAACUACUACGCCAAGUAG